UACCAACCGGGCAAUCGCGUAGUCAUUUGCUCAGUUUCUUUUGCUCGAUUGUCGCGUGUAUAGCUUUGACAUGUGCAUAUAUGAAAAGUGCAACGGAAAAAAUAUUACUUGUUUGUGCUGAGUAAAAAACUGUUGCGGUAAAAGAGGAAAUUAAUUAAAUAACAGUAUUAAUAAGCGUGUAAUUAAAUUUCAUUGCUAUCAGUGGUAGCUUCCACAUUCUAAUAAGAAGAACAAAUACGUCAAACAAAAAAUGAGUGGCCGUGACGACUUCUUUUCCAAAGAGGCUUCACUCAUCAACCGCUCCAAGCGGGAGCUGGCGGACGGACGUGAAAAGGAUCCAAUCUACAAAUUGCGCUUGCAAUGCUUCAGUCGUGGCGCAACCGGCAUACUCGGAUUAGCCAGAACCUUCCGGAAUAUGGAUGACGAUGGCAGCAAGGCGUUGAAUUUCGAAGAGUUCAGUAAGGGAAUCAAAGAAACUGGUUUAGAAUGCACGGAGAGUGAAAUAAAGGACAUGUUUGACAAAUUUGAUGAAGAUAACAACGGCUCGAUUAAUAUGACGGAGUUUUUGCUAAAAUUGCGGCCACCAAUGCCGCAGUCACGCUUGGAUAUCAUCGACAAGGCAUUUAAAAAGAUCGAUCGCACCGGUGACGGUCAAAUCACCAUUGAAGAUUUGAAGAACGUCUACUCCGUGAAGGAUCAUCCCAAAUAUUUGAGCGGUGAAAUGACCGAGAACGAGAUCCUCACACAAUUCCUCAACAACUUCGAGGGCGGACGUGGCAACUGUGAUGGCAAAGUGUCGAAGGAGGAAUUUGUUAAUUAUUAUGCAACAAUUAGCGCUUCAAUUGAUAAUGAUGCCUACUUCGAUUUGGUGAUGCGACGCGCUUAUAAACUGUAAAUGUAAUCCAACGUAGGAGUAACAAAAACGCGCUGCCAUAACCAUAAAAGCAAGAUUUGUUGCAAGCACAACAAAAACGUCAACGUAGCAACUGACAGCAGCUGGCAUUUUUAAAGCUAAUAACAACAACAACAAUUAAUUAAAUAAUAAAAAAAAAAUUAAUAAAUGGAAAUACUAACCAGGUGUUGAGUCCUGACUGUGUGUGCGUGCAAUCUUUUAAUACAGUUAACAAAAUUUUAGCUAGGAAACCGCUAUAAUGCCACAAAAAAUCUUUAUUUACAUUUAAUAUGAAUGCAUCAUUGUAUUUCCUAUUGAAUUUAUCUUUUGUUAUGAAUUGUUACAACACAUUAACGUACAAUUUUCCAGGCACAAACGCAUUUUCUGGCAAUUUAUAUUAAAAUAAAAAAUUAUGUAUUGAAAAUAAUGUAAAAA